AGGCGUGCACGCGCCAGUCUAUAGCACGCGCAUGUAUGUAAACUAGCGGCCUGUUUCAGUUGGUGGUGACCGACGUAUGUCUUUUCCUGUCACGAAAACCCAGAUUUUACAUACUGUAAACAUAAACAGCAGCCCUGCCCCGACGAGGCCCAACCCCAAGCGGUGCCGUCAUGUGGCAGGAGGCCCGCAAACAUGAGCGGAAACUGCGCGGGAUGAUGGUGGACUACAAGCGCCGUGGGGAGAGACGCAGAGAGUACUAUGAGAAAAUCAAAAAGGAUCCAGCCCAGUUCCUGCAGGUUCAUGGUCGAGCGUACAAAAUCCACCUGGAUUCAGCUGUAGCCCUGGCAGCUGAGAGUCCCAUCAACAUGAUGCCUUGGCAAGGAGAUACCAACAACAUGAUUGAUAGAUUUGAUGUCAGGGCACACCUGGACUACAUCCCCACCUAUACACCUGUACCUCUCCUGAACUCUACCACCCCAGAGCAGGAAUCGGAAGAGAGGAAGUGCAAUUAUGAACGCUACAGAGGUCUGGUGCAGAAUGACUUUGCGUCCAUCUCUGAGGAGCAGUGCUUGUACCAGAUCUAUGUGGAUGAACUCUACGGUGGCCUACAGAAACCAAAUGAGGAUGAAAAGAAAAAACUUUCUGAGAAGAAAGCUCAGAUCGGUUAUACAUAUGAGGACAGCACGGUGACUGAACCAGAUGAAGAGGCGGAGAAAGGAAACGAGGAGGACUCGGAAAACAGCGAUUCUGAGGAAGACGAAGUCAUCCCUGACAUUGACGUUGAGGUGGAUGUAGAUGAACUGACCCCAGAGCAGGUGACGGAGAUUAACAAGAUGGGCACCACUUACGGCAUGGCAGAGGGGGACUUUGUUUGGAUGUUGAGGAAGGACAAGGAGGAAGUGGAGGCCAUUAAGCAUGCUAAAGCACUGGAAGCAGAGAAGGCCAUGUACUCUGGCCGGCGGUCUCGCAGACAGCGAAGAGAGUUUAGAGAGAAAUAUAUGAAAGGCCGGCAGAUCAGCCCACCAAGCUAUGCCAGAAGAGACAGUCCCACAUACGACCCCUACAAACGGCCAGAGUCAGACUCAAGUUCAGAGUCCCGCUCUCGUUCCCGAACCCCAGGCAAUGAUAAGAUCACCUUCAUCACCAGCUUCGGGGGCAGUGAGGAUGAAGGAGCCACAGCUGCACAACCUCCACCUGCAGCGGCGUCAAGCCAAACCUCCUCCAACACUGCAGGUCAUAGCAGGGGCUCCCGCCGAAGACGGUCUUCCUCCAGUCACUCAUCCUCUUCCUCCCGCUCCUCUUCGCACCGGUCCUCGCGCUCAUCCUCACGUUCCCGUCGGAGUCGUCGUUCUCGCGGCGGCGGCAGGGACCGGGACAGCCGUUACUCCAGGUCUCGAUCUCGCUCUCGACGGCGGUCUGACUCUCGUUCACGGCAGCGCAGUGGAGGAGUUGGCUCGAGGAGACGAUACGACAGGACGAGGUCUCGUUCCACGGAUCGAGGUAGAGACAGAAACCGAGAAAGAGACCGGGACAGGGGGAGGCGCUACACGGCCCGCAGACGAACCAGGUCUCGCUCGCGUUCACGCUCGGGUGAUCGUUACCAGCGUCGGAGUCGCAGCUCUGCGUACAGGAGGGGCGGCAGCGUCAGUCAAAGCCCCUCACACUCGCCUGCCAUCAGCCACAGCCCCUCCCCCUCCUCCCAUUCUGCUACGCCUGCUUCUGCAGACAAGCUGAGAAAGCCUGAAACUCCGGGUGGUAAAGAGACUGGAGCUGCCAAACCCAAGAUGACCCCUCAAGAGAAGCUCAAAAUCCGAAUGCAGAAGGCCCUAAACAAACAAUCCAAGGCGGAUAAGAAAGCAGCGCAAGCCAAGAUCCAGCAACAAGAAAACAAGCGUCAGGAACGAGAAGGAGUUCUGCGCGCAAUGGCACGGAAAAUACGCAUGAAGGAGCGGGAGCGGCGGGAAAAAGAAAGGGAUGAAUGGGAGAGGCAGUAUGGACGUCAGAGUCACUCGCCCUCUCCCAACGCUAAACACGGUCGAGACUACGGCUCAUCUAGAAGGAGAUCACGCUCAAGAUCACGGAGUCCGCAUUACCGGUACUGAAGAAUCGGCUGAUAAAACACAAGACAUUUUAGGAGUCCAGGAUCGCAGGAGUUUACGUGAAAGUUUGGGAAAAAUUACCAAUAAAAUUCAUUUCACUCACUUCAUCUUCUGAAGGUUGCAAUUGAAACAAAUAAAAUCAUUUCUAAAAUGUGAAAAUGAACCCUACCAUACUCUAAAAACACAUUUUGCCUCGAUGUCUUGAUAUUUCACAGCAGAGUUCCCAGGAAUGCUUAGAGCUGCUAUGAUUUUAAUCAAGCUUUGCUUCUGUGUUGAGUUUGUGACAUAAGAUUGGGAUGGAUCUAAUCUCUCGUUUGUGUCUCAUACCAUAUUUUAAGAUGGAGUUCCCCAAAAAAUGCAAAUACUGUAAUUUACUCACUCACUAAACUAGCAUGGCUGACUGAGUUGUUGUGAAACACGUUAUUCUGCCUAAUUUGUUCGAUUAAAAAAAAAAAGAAAGAAAGAAAGUCAGUGGGGGUGAAUAAAUUACAGACUUGUUGUUUUUUAGGGGGGUAAACAUUCUCUAAGCGGUGAAUCAACUCAUUUACCUCAUCGUUGUACAUAAUCCCUUCAUUAAAGAGUGCGGAAAAGCGAUUUUAUAGAAAAUGCAGCUCAUUUUUCACUCAGCAAUGUAAAUGUCUAGUGGUUAUUUCUUGAAUUGGAAACAAUCAUCGAUGGUCACAGAUUUUUGACAGAAUUGAAAUAAAAAGCUAAUCAUGA